AUGGCUUGCCAGGGUAACUGUUCAUCAAAGAGUGCCUGCAAUUUGGAGGUGCCAACGAAGGAGGAAGUCACUACUCAGCCUGAAACUGUGGUGCAAGAGGCUGCAGCUCCUGCUGUUGCUCCUGAGGAGGUGAAGACUGAGGAGAAGGCUGUUGCUCCUGAGGAGGUGAAGACUGAGGAGAGGGCUGUUGCUCCUGAGGAGGUGAAGUCUGAGAAGAAGGAUGCUUCUAAUGCCAAGAAAGAGGAGGAGCCUGCGAAGGUUGAAGCAGCGUACACUAUGAACAAAAGAUUGAUGAUAACAUUUGCUUUCCCUGCUGUCAGUGUGAAAACUGAAGAAAAGCCUGCUGUUCCUGAUAAGAAAGAACCUCUAAAGGUUAAUAAUGCUCAUUGGGGUUAA